GGGGUGGGGUGGCUAGGUAGUUUAGACCAUACAAGCUGUUCAACUCAACUAGUCUGAGUGUGAACACUGCACGAUUAAUAACGGAGUGUUGCUGUUGGUCAGUUGUAUGGCACAGAGGAUGCUAUUAGUAGUAUAGGUGUUCAACAAUCGCCCCGUCCGUCGGACGAUAUAGUCCGUAAAUCGAUAUCGAUAUAGAAGUAUAUCGAUAGAAGUAUGAUAGUAGUGGUCAGUGAGUGAGGACAAGCAAGCAGUGCUAACUAGUGUAUCUGAAGGUGUCUAGCUAUCGUGCUGACUAGAAUAUCUAUGUAGUAGUAUGUAUUAUAGGUGGCAAACAAUACAAGGACGACUGUUGCUGUGCUAGUCAGCUAGUCACCGUCAGUCGGAGUCGCGGAGGUCGACGGUUAGGUUGUGUCCGUGUGUGGGCGUCUGCCGGGAUUAUGUGCAUGCUGCACUGGAUGCGUCUGUCGACUGUCUGCAGACUACACCCACGUGUCGUAACUCCGCCGAUCAGUUACACUGUGCAGUCAGCCUUAUAAAGGAGUCGGCGUUAGUUACUUGGGCUUCAAAAAGACUGGCUUGGUGAAUGUAUGUGUAUUUUCAACCAGGUAACCUCGUGAAAUCACGCGUUUGUUUGACGAAUUUUCUCAAUCUGCGUAAAAUAAUUUUCGAGUUCAUGAACCACCAAGAACUGACCAGUAUCGUUGAUUAUUAUCUACUGAUCUUUGUUUCUAUGGUCCCGUGUACCAUUUUGUGUUCAAUUAUAAUUAUCAGUAGCCUACAUAUAUUUGUUGUAAUUUCGCAGGCUAGUUGAGAUCAAGUUGAGCUUAGCUCAGUAACUGUUAUGUAUAUUAACAAUCGAUUUCUCUCGUGCUUAACCGAAAAGGAAAACAGAAAUUUCGUCGAACGAUCUGUGUGUUUUCCGAAGUGUCACCGUUUGCAUUAUUUUGGAAUUUCCCAGAAGAUAACAUAGUGCAUUCUGUUAGUGAUAAGACAGUUGUGCACUGCGAACAACAGCCGACGAGAGUUGGCAGUUUUGUGUUGAAUUAUCGAGAACGGCGUGCAGAUGUUAGUGGCGGUGGCAGUGGUGAUGGUGGUUGUGCUUGAUGCCACUCAGCAAGUGCUGAUGGCCCCAAUCUACAGCAACAAUAUGGCGUCGAUCAUGACUCGAAUCAUCGAGGCUGAAGUUUGGAUCGAUGACAGACCAGUCCCGUUACCUCCUCGAGUCUGCGCUGAUGGAGAUGAUGCAUGUUCGAGCAGGUCGACGCCGAAGCCGCGACCGCCGGCGCCGACCGCACGGCCCAACGUCACAUUCCACACGUACGCGUGUCCACCCGCGUACGCCACCUGGUACUGCCUCAACGGUGCCACCUGUUUCACCGUCAAAAUCGCCGAAUCGCUGCUCUACAACUGCGAAUGUGCGAAUGGAUACAUGGGUCAAAGGUGCGAGUUCAAAGACUUAGAAGGGUCUUAUCUACCGUCAAGACAGCGUGUAGCGAGUAUAGCGUCAGGAGCGACAAUAGCUGUUUUCCUAGUAGUCAUUGUCUGUGCUUCACUCUACAUACGAUAUCAACGACGGUUAAAGCUCAGUCGAGCCACAAGUUGUGUGGAUGGUGGAGGUGACCUGGAGAGGAGGGAUCCGUUCUCAAGGCCCAGGCCAACGGCGUUACCUCUAAGUAGGGUCACAACGGAAUCGUCGUCAGAGUGCGCCACGACAUCGCUCUACAUGCACCAUCAUGUAGGGGAAGGGAGGGGGGAACCACCUAUCCCCCACCCUGCCGCUCCACCCUAGUACGCAUGCUUCAUCUGACUGAAAAACACUUUAGUGACUGUUCAAAAGAAACUGUUAUAAAUGUAUGCUAGUGAAUUGUGCGCAGCGCAGCGCAGCAUACGAUGCCUGGUGGCACCUAGUGGUCAGUGGUUACUAUACUAAGCCACUCAACUAAGCAACGACUGAUGGUGUUGGACACACACUCAACUAACACUGACAAGCCAAAUUCAACAACUGACACCCAUUUACUCACCCAGUCAUUUAACGACAACAUUGUGUCACACAUAUUAUUAAACAAUUUGAUCAACUUUCAUGUCGCAAAAUAACUUUGUAAUCAGAAUGAAUUAAAUUAAAGUCGUAAUGACCUAAUUAAUAGUUUUCAGUAGAUGGAUUUGUUUUAUUCGUCGCAUUUUAUUCGUUUUGGUAUCCAGAAUUGUAGUAAAAAACCUGAAUAAAUUUAAAAAAUUACAUUCACAUCUGAUUUUGAAACGUUUCUGAAAUUAAACGCUUAAUCUAGUUGAAAACAAAAAUAUUAUAGAGUGUUAUUUGUAUGUAUAAUAGAGUUAUGUUUAGUUCUCAUUGAACAAAAUUAUUUAGUUUCUAUAAAUUGAGGUUUGACAUUCCAAAAAUGUUUAAUUGUUGGUUUGUAUAUUGUAUCACUGUAGUAUAACUGAUCCUUUACUGAUGACACAAGUGUUAGAAUCUGGAAAUCGUUAGAAAUUGAAGCGUCGUAAAUAAUUCUAUACAAUGUGAUGCUUUUGGAGGAUUUUGUAAUCACUCCAUUAUCAAUAAUUUCGUGUCUAGAUAAAGUAAUCGCCAAUCAUCGAAUAAAGCUGUCAUCAUCGAAAUAAUCAAGUUAAAAUUGUUGUAAAUAAUCUGUAGAUAUAAUAAAAGUUGAGAAACCUAAUUAUGGUUGAAACAUUUCCAUCGGAUUUCAAUAAUAAAGUUGAAAGGUCUCUUUAUGUAUGAAAGUAAUGAACAAACUGUGCAGUCUCUAUAUAAUUAUUUUUGUUCUUUAAAAAAGGAUACAGUGUUCUUUUCCAGUCCAUUCGUUAUAAUUGUAUAGUAAAUAUGUUAAAAUACUUGGUUCCUAAUUUAUUAUUGAUAAUAUAAUAUAUACCGUAUAUAUAUAUUAUAUAAAUAUUAUUCUAUUAUUAUUUAAAUUUUUAGAAGAAAAUGUCUUUUGUAAAUAGCAUUGUUAUUGUCAUUUCACAAUUCCCUCCAUCUUCAUCGCCUUUUGAGUUUUUAUUGGUGACCUUGAAAUUUUCAAAGCAUUCCGUUACAAUUUAAUCUGUUUGUUCUUCCCAGCUAGUAGGCUUUUUAUUGUAUCUGGGCUCUAGUUAAAUCUGUACAACUGAUUUGAUUUUUGCACUUUCUUGCUUUUUUCAAUUAUUUUGAAAGUUUCAUAUUGGAAGUCAUAUUGGAAUGUAGACCCUUUGCAUUGAGCUGUUUUUUCAAUUAGUCUGUUGUCACAUACCAAAGAUAUUUUGUAAAUUAUGCUUGUAUGUAUUUUAGCCAGACUUUGUUAUCCAUGUUGGUAAAUAUAGUAAUAAUAGCAAGUUUUGUUGAGGGUCACCAAUUCCUAUAGCUUCAGUAUUAUUACAUCCUAAUAAUUCAAUUGAAACUGAUCAGACAGAACCAAAGCUAUUUUUAGGGUCCCUCAAUCAGUAAUUAGACCUAAUCAUUUAUGUUUAACUGUUGCAGAAUAAUUAGCACCGUUGAUUAUUAUUAUUAUAUUCAUUUCUUGCUAAUUUAAAAUUGACAUUUUUCACAUCUGUAGACUUCAAAUUAAAUGGUUAGUUCCUCUUGACUAAAGAAAUAGAAAUUAAUGACUUGAACAAUCAUGAUUCAUUUAUCGAAAUGAUAAGAUUCCUUUGUAGUAUUUUGUGACAUGAUAUAUCCAUAUUAAAAUGAUUUAUGAGUAUUUUUACCUAGCUUCAAAUGUCUUAUCUUAUUAAUACUAAAUUUCUUAUGUGAGAAAUUCAACUUUUAUGAAAAGAGGCUAUUAUCCCAUUUUCAAGUUUCAGUUUAAGAGUUUUAAACCAAAUCGCAACAUAUAUAUAUUAUAUAUUUAUUCUAAAGUGAAUAUUUUAACAUGCCAUUCUAGUAAGUAUAUUGUUUUACUUUUACGUAGAGUCGAAAUUUAAUUUGCAGUAUUAUCACAAGUGUAAUUAUAUCUUUUGUACAUUAUUUGAAGAUUAGUUUUAUCAAUAAUGAAUAGUUGAAAAAGUGAUGUCAAUGAAAAGCUUUAUAUUAUGAAGGAAGCAUGUCUAACAAGAGGAAUGAUAGAAUAAUUCAUACCAAAAUGUUUAUAUGCCAGCUGUUUGUAAUACAUUAGAAAAUUUCUGUAGAUAGGAUAUAUGUAGAGGUCUCGCAUUAAAUACAAUAUAAGCACUAAGAGGCUUCAGGUAACAAACGCCUUUGAAAGGAACAAAAUUCAAGUCGAGUACUGUACACUAUCAUCCUAUAGGAUACUAUGUAAUUUCUUUCACGUACACUAGUCAAUAAAAAACAAAACAAGGACAUUCUACAAUCAGUUAAUGUAAUCGAAAAUCAAUAAUACACUCUGCUUACCGUACCUUUGUGUUAAAUGAGUAUACACUGUAUGACAUAUGCUGUUAAUUUUAAUGUUAUUUCUGCUGAGAUGAAAAUCCUAAACUAAAUAAAGGUUGAAUAUUUAAUAAAA